GAUGGGUCUUGCUACAUGAAUGGAUGAAGAGUCAGGGUUUAGGACCAUGGGGGGGAAGUGUUUGUGUGUGAGCGUCCGCCGCAGCCCUGCCCAGCCUAUUCUUUCUCCUGACGUCCUUCCUUGAUGUCCGUGUCACACGCUGCCGAGGAUGAACAUUUUACAGCCACUGUACAGUUUUUAUGUUUGGGAGCACUGACAUACCCUGCCUCUUCGAAAAGGAUAUUGUUCAUUGGUCUUUGUUGCGACGGGCGUGUGCUCGAGAUACGCUCAAUAGUUUGGAUUUCGUAUUAUACCCGCUGUUGUUUAUUUAUUAGUAAAUUGUUUUCCUGCAAAUGUACACAGAUGACUCUUUGAAGGGGACACUGCGUCCGUGGGAGUGGUUUAUUUUUUUCUGGACAACCCGGACUCAUUGAAAAAAUGAGGCUGUUUUCACCGGUUUGACGCUGCGGUAGCUUUUUCUCCCCCUUGUUCUGUUCUGCUUUUGUGUUCUUUCUGUCUGUCUCGUGACAUGCAAUCGUUGACGUCUGGUCCUUGAGGUUUCAACAUACAUUUCUGCGAACCAGACUCUGUAUAUGGACAUGUUAUGAGGACAGUUGAGUGAGACGUUUUCAUCUAAGGACAAAAUUAUCUAUUAUUCCGGCUAGCCAAAGUACCAAAGACAUGAGCAUCAUAUAGCAUUUUUUAUCAUCUUUGUUCUGAUCCCACCAGUACUGCACGUAGCAUCCAGUAAACUUGGCCGAAAAUGAGGAUUGUUUAAGGAAAACGCUGUACUGGUGGUCGGAGAGGGCAGCGAUAGCCUCGCGAUACUGGCUCGGCUGCUGACUGUCUCUGCUGCCUGCGCUGAUUCAAUUAGAAACUGUACACGGACCGCUGAAAUAAAGGCAGGGUUGCUGUAGGCUGAAGCUUCAGGGACGAUGUCCUCACGCGCACCGCUGCAGCCGGGGAACGAACGGAAUGUAGACCACCAUGCCUCUCUCUCAGCCAGUCGUUCAGAGAAGGGCUCGGGAUGGUCGAGUCGCUCACUCGGAGCCCGUUGCCGGAAUUCAAUUGCCUCGUGUUCGGACGAACAGGCUCACAUCGGCAACUACCGGCUGCUUAAGACCAUCGGCAAGGGCAAUUUUGCCAAAGUGAAGUUGGCACGCCAUAUUUUGACUGGCAGGGAGGUUGCUAUAAAAAUCAUUGACAAAACCCAACUCAACCCUACAAGCCUACAGAAGCUCUUUCGAGAGGUACGGAUCAUGAAGGGCCUCAAUCACCCAAACAUAGUUCAGCUCUUUGAAGUGAUCGAGACGGAGAAGACACUUUACCUUGUGAUGGAAUAUGCCAGUGGUGGUGAAGUAUUUGACUACCUCGUAUCCCACGGGAGAAUGAAGGAAAAGGAUGCGCGUGCUAAAUUCCGGCAGAUCGUGUCUGCGGUUCAUUACUGUCAUCAGAAGAAUAUUGUUCACAGGGACCUUAAGGCGGAAAACCUCCUGCUUGAUGCAGACUCCAACAUCAAGAUUGCUGACUUUGGCUUCAGUAAUGAAUUUAAGUUGGGCAGUAAACUGGACACGUUCUGUGGCAGCCCCCCUUACGCCGCCCCAGAGCUCUUUCAGGGGAAGAAGUAUGAUGGGCCAGAGGUGGACAUCUGGAGUCUGGGAGUUAUACUGUACACACUGGUCAGCGGAUCACUGCCCUUUGAUGGACAAAACCUCAAGGAGCUGCGUGAGCGUGUGUUGAGGGGGAAAUACCGUGUGCCAUUCUACAUGUCUACUGACUGUGAGAGCAUCCUGCGCCGGUUUCUUGUGCUCAACCCCACCAAGCGCUGCACCCUGGAGCAAAUCAUGAAGGAUAAGUGGAUGAAUAUUGGUUAUGAAAAGGACGAGCUGAAACCUCAUGUAGAGCCUGUGGAGGAUUAUAAUGACAGUAGCCGUAUAGAUGUGAUGGUAGGAAUGGGUUACACCCGUGAUGAAAUCAAAGAUGCCUUGAGCACACAGAAGUACAAUGAGAUAUUUUCCAUGUAUCUGCUGCUAGGCCGCAAGAAUGAGGAUGGCAUUGAGUCGCGUUCGAGCAGCAGUUUGUCUCUAGCACGGGUGCGGCCCAGUCCCAUCACGAAUGGCACCAGCAAACACUCCUCCACCUCCUCAUCCAGCCCCACCUCUGCCUCCAGUCACGCUAAACCCCAGCGCAGUGCCUCCACCUACCACCGCCAGAGGAGGCACAGCGACUUCUGUGGGCCAUCAGUGCCAGUAGCCCACCCCAAGCGCAGCCCCACCAGUACAGGAGAGGGGGAACUAAAAGAGGAACGUCUGCCCUCGAGGAAGGCCAGCUGCAGUGUGGUGGGCAAUCGUAGCAUCCCCCCGUCGAGCCCCAUGGUCAGCAAAGCCAACAACCCCAACAAAUCUGAGAUCCCUGACCGCCGCAAAGACAUCAAUACAACAACGAACAACAUCCCUGUCAGUGCCAUGAGCCGUAGGAACACUUAUGUAUGUACGGACCGUACGAGCACUGACAGACAACCAUUACUACAGAAUGGGAAAGAGAACAGCUCCUUGUCACAUCGAUUACCUCCAGCCUCCCCGUCUACCCACAGCAUCACCGGGGCCGGGGCCUCCAGCUCCACAUCUUCCGAGCGUUCUCGGUUGACGAGGGGCUCCACCAUCCGCAGCACCUUCCACGGGGGCCAGCUCCGGGACCACCGGACUCCCACCCACGCACCCCCCACCUCACCCACCCUCUCCCACGAGGCCAGCCCUCUGCCCCACUCCCGUAGCCGUGCCACCACAAACUUGUUCACUAAGCUGACCUCAAAACUUACCCGCAGGGUCAAUCUUGACCCCUCUAAGCGCCAGAACUCAAACAAGUCAGUCUCGGGCUGCACUCUGCCACAGGGAUCAAAAACAGUUAGGUCACAGACGAACCUGAGAGAGUCUGCAGAUCUCCGGUCACAAGCUACAGAUACAACUACAAAAAGUCAGACUAAAAAAUACAGUCGCUAUCUAUCUGGGUAUCAAAAAGCGACAGAGCCCCGGACCCCCCGAUGCGGCUGGGAUGUGAAGGUGCAGAGCCCGCGGGACCCGGCUGAGGUGGUUUUGGCUCUGCGGGAGGCAGCACAGAGCUGCGGUUGCCAGGUCCACCAGGCCGGGCCCUUCCUCCUCUCCUGCACCCACGGAGCUGCUGGCUCCCGAGUUGCCUUCGAAGCAGAGGUGUGCCAGCUGCCCAAUGGCCCCGCCGAGACCAGCGGUGUUCGAUUUAAGCGCCUGUGGGGAGCACCGCUUGCCUUUCGGGACAUUGCCACCAAAGUUUCCAAAGAUAUCGAACUCUGAGGGCAACAGGGGGUGGAGGGCAGGGACAAAAGCAUUGGACAGAAAGAUGGUAUGAGUGGAUGUAGCCCCGCCCACACCCCCGCCCCCUAUAAGCCUACAAAGACUGGCACAUAUAAAUUGAGAACUGGGCACCUGCUCACACAAAAGCCCUGCUGAAGGAACUCCCUUUACCAGGUCUGUUUUACCACUGAUUUUACCUGGUAUCUUAGCCAUGUUUUUUUUUUAACAUCCAUGUUUUGUGACAUGUUCACUCUGUACAUUUUCAUUCCUUUUUAUCUGCUGCUAUUUAACUCAUUUUUUUAUUUCUAUUCUUCUGCUUUGCCAGCGAGAAGAGUAUGUUUUAUUUUACCAUAUUCACCAAAAACACGUAUAAAAGCCACACUAUUUCAUACCAUAGACAACAUGCAGAGCCGCUGAAUGCAAGUGCUGAAAAUGAUAGCAGUUUAUCCUCAUUUUUUAAUGAUCUUGUUUAGUUGUCAAACCUGCCAGUGAUGCAGGUUGAGUAGGUGAUGUCUGCUUUCCUGAGCCUCAUUGUUUUUAGAUUCGUCACAUUACAUGGUCACAUCAUAGCACUUUAGGGCUGAGUGAGCAACAUCACCUCAUUAAAAGUAGUUCUCCCUUCAAAUGGUGCAAUUUAUCCCGUUGAGCCAAGUCAAGACACAAUGCUCUUUGUGUUGCUCUUGUAUGUGUUACGCUGAUGAGAAACCUCUGUUAUCUUGCCGUAAGUGCACUCUGCUGAAUGACCACAAACAGACUGUUGACUUUGUUUAUCUCCGAUUUGACAUAGUAAGUCCUCAUCGUAAAGAUUGGAAUAUGUCUGAGCUGUGCAAUGUGUGAAAAUGCAAGAAUGAUUAAUACAACAUUUGUCUGAAAUCCA